AUGUAUCAAGCACCCGAAGAAAUAACAACUAAUGAUUCAUUAACUUUGGGUCAAUUGAAAAAACUCCAAAAAGAAUUUACAUUCACCUAUGCCGAUAGUGAUAACUUUUACAAAGAGAUUGAUGAAUUUUAUAGUUAUGUCGAAAUUUCUCAAUGUUUGGAAAAUAAAAAAACUUUUGAAGAAUGGUUUGAUGGAUCGUGGAUAAAUAGUACAAUUUCCGAACGUAGAACAUGUAUUGAGUAUUUGUUAGAAACAUUAGAAUUAAAAGAUCCUGCCAAAAGAUUUUCUUCUGCGAGGAAACUUUUGUAUAUUGCUCAAGGAACAUUUGGAGAAUUAACAAAUCCCGAACAACAAUUAGAAUGGAUAAAAGAAAAUAAUAAAUUAUUAAGAAAUUGUGGAGCUUUAUUAUCAUAUUUUCAAGCUUUAAAAUUGGCAUGUCGAGUACAUGAUCAUUAUAGUCGUCCGGAUAGUACAACGGAACGACAAAUGUAUAUGGAAGAUGUUAAUAUGGAAAUUGGAUUUUAUUUAACAUUAUUAUAUAUGUUGACUGAAGUACAUCGAGGUGAUGAAUCUUUUGGAACGGAAUUAGCCGACUUGAACCCACCAAUGACCGUAUUUCUCUUUGAUCUAAUCGCUUCACUAAGAGAAAAAGAAAAAAAUGCUAAAGGUUAUCCUGUCAAAAAGUUACUCCUAGUGUUAUGGAAAGUCAUUUUAACCAGUAUUGGAGAAUUAAGUGAAAUAAAGAAUUUAAAAAAUGUGAUACGUGAAAUUAACGGAUUACCUCCGAUCCAAGAUAAAGAAUUAACACCCAAAGUUCCGAAUUCAAUUCAAGAAGCUGGUGAUUUAUAUCUUAAAUUUGUUUAUAUCAGUUUGGGAACUUGGCAAUGUUGGAAAGAAAUUGAAGAAAUGAAAAAAUGUCAAAUUGGUAGUUCGCAAUUUCAGUUAAGUCCACAACAAUGUUGCGUAAGUGAACAACAGCAACAACAAAGUGAUUCGAGUGUUGUACAUAAUGAUGAUGUAAAUAAUGUAAAUGGUCAACAAAAAAAGAAUAAUGAUAAUUAUUAUAAACAACAAAUAAAGAGGAAUUUGGAAAGAGAAAAAAAUGAAGCGAAUGAAGAAGAGAAUGAAGUGAGUGAAAAGAAUGAAGGGAAUGAAAAGAAUGAAGUGAAUGAAGAGAAUGAAGAGAGUGAAUAUGAUGAUUAUUGUUGGAGAAAUUUCUUUACGGCAAUAAAUUUCCUUCUUUCUCAUCCUUUAUUAGAAUUAUACGCUCUUAAAGUAUUAAAAAAUCAAAUCCCUUUUAUCGGAAGGAAAUGGCGACAGAGUAACAUGAAAAUAAUCACUUCAAUAUAUUUAAAUUGUCGUCCUGAUUUAAGGGAUGAAUGGAUAGCACCAACUGAUGCGGAUGCUGAAGUUGAAGAAGCUUUGGUAAAUGCAGCAUAUUUAUAUGCCGAUGAUUUAUUAUUGGAUGAAUCAUUUACGGAAAAUUGGGAACAAUGGGUACAAGAUGAAGUUUAUAGUUUUUCGGUGACCCGACCUCACUUGAAUAGUGGAAUAUUUGGAUGGGUAAAUUGGGUAAAUGGAAUGGGAAUAAAUGGUCCUUUGUCAUCCGAUGAAAUAAUUAUAUAUCAACCCACUCCUUAUCAAAGUGAUCAAAGCGAUCAGGGUGAUCAGAAUGAAGACGAUGAUGAUUAG